GUUGUAUCACAAGUAUCUUUGCUCACAUUUCAAUCUCUCGACACCUUCUUCUCGGCCAGCUUCACUCCACCAUGCAUCCACUGGAAAUUCCCUGGGUGCUCUCGCCCCCCAUUAUACUACACACUCUGUCCAUCCCCGCCAUCGGUGUGGCAUGCUUCCACUCGCUCAAUGUGUGGCGAGCUGUCUCUGUAUUAUCAGCCCGAGAUGCCUCUCCUCAUAGAGUCUCCUCGUCCAGACCGGCCACGGAGACUGCUUACCAGAAAUGGCGCGCUCAGCCCCUCCGAGCAAAGGGCAAAACGGUGCUCGCUUUCGCCUCGGUACUCGCCAUUUGGGUCUUGAUCUGCUUUACAGUCAUUCAUCUCUUCCCCAAAAUCAAGUCUCAACCAAUGAUGGACACCAUAGUGUCCGUGGGCUUGAUUUUGAGUUGCGCUCCCUCUAUCUAUGUUUUGAUUGGCGUUAUCAAACCCCUGCCCAUGCACGUUCGCUACACCUGCAAGUCUCCAAAUGGGCCGACAUAUCUCCUAGUAUCACCAAUGGGCGACCCCGAAGCUGGAGCUCGUCAACAAAUACUGCGUGCAGGUCUCUCACUAGCCGCCGCCAUUGGCAUAGUGAUCUUGGCGGCUGGCGGCUUUACAGCCCAUCUGCCGUUCUUGGUGGCCAUCAUGACCUGCUGGUCGGUCGUUGCCAAACCUCACUUCCCUCGCAUGAGCAUCCGAGCCAAUAUCCUUCAACCUUUGAAACUUGUGGUCUUCGUUUGUGUCUUCAACGGCGGCGUUCGUGUGAUUGCAAAUCAUUAUGCCCCAAGUGGUGACUCGCAGGAGGUACCACCGCCGGAUAAUACUGCCAUCAGUGACUGGGUGCUGUACCUCGGUUUGACAAUUAGUUCCAUAGGUCCAAUGAUCAUGCCCGGCAUCAUGACUGCCAUGACGUUCCGUUUCGAAUACUCCCAAGCUACCGAAGAAGUAGACCGUCCGGCACAGAUAUCUGGCGAAGCCCCAGUCCGUGUCCCUUCCGAUUACCCAUCCUUCUCAUGCCCUAUCACCAUCACUUCCCUCGCCUCCUUGUUCCUCAGCCUUGCUCUCAUGGAUAUCACAUUGGCGCAGUACGCCGGUGAUGCUGUUAUCGUGGCCGUCACGCCGAUCCCUUUUAUACUGACAGUACCGGUGGUAUCUUUGUGCACGGCUUUGGCAGCAGCUCAACAAGGCAAGCUGGGGCUGUGGUGGCGCUACAAUGAGUGGUAAAUGUUUUUUUGAAUGAUCUGAUAACCUUUGCAGAGUCAGCUAACGCAAAAAGAUAGCUGGAUUCCACAGAAGAAGAGUGACGUCGAGCAGGUGCCAAAGAGCCACGGGGAGAUCGAACAGCAGGCUUUGUUGUCUUUGAACAAUUCAGACGAACCUAAAUCAUGGGCGCAAGAGUAUGAGUACUCGUAGUGUAUGUCUCUCUACGGUAUCGAUGAAUACAGUCUUGUAUGCUACGUGGGAUGAUUGCCCUCUGUUCG